AUGCACGACGGGCUCAAGGGCAUGCGUGGACAACGAACUGCAGUCUCGCACCCUAAAGCAGCCUCUGAGUGCGAGCUGGUUCAGCAGACGAGCACCGCACAGUGCCAGCUUGGCAUCAGCUAUGGAUGCCGCAAGGACGAGCUCUGGGUGUCCGGGUGUCGCGGCUUCUUUCGAUGCCAAACGGGUGGGCCUCUCAUCCCCUGCGGAUAUCCGCCAGGAGCACGAGAAUACAACUGCAGCUGCGCGUCACCGCCGCACCUAUGCCCGCCGGCCUUUUACAUCGCCGGGGCGCAAAAAUCCGGCACUUCCAGCCUCGCAAGCUGGCUGAACCGGCUUCCCAGCGCCGCCGUCGAUCCUCGCGAGGCGGCGUUCUCCUUCACCUGGGCGCUUGCCCUCAACGAGAGCUGCAUUGACCUGGACGCCUCAGGAGCUGCGGGCAGCCCGGCGUGGCUCCACAGCCAUUGCGCAAAGUUGCAGCGAAUGGUGGCCUCGGCGGCUGCGGGUGGCUCCGCGAAGGUGCAGCGAAUGGUGGCCUCGGCGGUUGUCGAUCGCCACCGCCUUCACAGUGCCGAAGCGUGCCGCGGGGGCAAAAGCAUCGGCAUCAAGUGGCCCUCCUACAUGGGAGAGGAUGCGUGGGCUCCUCGCAGCAUCCACGCCUGUGGCGGUGCACCCGUCCCCCGUGUAAUCUUCGUGCUGCGCGAGCCGGCGGCUCGCGCGGCGUCUCACUUUCGCUAUUUCGAGCAGCAGCGGCAUUGGUGGAGACCGCGUGGCUGGAAGCCGCUGGUCGGUCUACCUAUGGCCAUGGCGUUCCGCGAGGUUGCCCACCGCAGCAUGGCUCGCGUGCGGGAGAUCAUGGCCGGCGAGGACGCCGUACCAGCCCUUGCUUCCGAGGAGAGCUUCCUCAAUAUGUCAUACUCUUCCAGGGGCGCGGCGAUCGACUCGCUCUAUGCCUACCAGCUGCGAGAGUGGUUGCGAGCGUUUGGCGGCUGUGGCGCCUUUCUAAUCGGCAUCUACGAAGCACACUGCGGGGUUCUUGAAAACCACUGCGGGAGCGUGCGGAAUGCCAGCGAGCAGGGAGAAUCGGCUGCGGUGUUUUCCGCGACGUUGGCGCAGCUGCGCGAAUUCUUUGCACCUUUCAACCGCCUGCUCGAGAAGGAGCUGAUGGGUGUGUGCAGGCUGGUGCCGCUCGGGUCGCCGCCCCCGCAAGGGCUGGGGGGCGUGCUGGCGCCACCCGCCGCCUUUCCCCCGGUCUGGUUCGAUUUCUCUGCUGCGGGAAGCGGACGACAUCUCUAG